UCUGUAUGAAAGGAGAAAACAAGUUAGUAACUUAAAACCUAUCAACUUUUGUCCGAGGGGGGCAAAAUAUUCAAUCCUUGUGACCCAUGAGGUUUCCUAGUAGUGAAAAGCACUGGGGACGACUGUGCCCUAGUGUCUGGCACAGGCCAGGGGCAAUAUGUACCAUAACUAUUGUCCCCUACCUUAUUUUACUGAUGGGACACUGAGGCCCUGCCGGUGUCCUACCUCAAGGUCCAGACUGCUGCCUCAACUUCGCAUAACUCAGAGGAGGGCAACCUACCUGCCCCACCCGACGCUGCCCGAGCGGGCUUCGCGCGCCUACAGCGCCGCCCUGGCGGUAGGGCGAGGCCGCAAUGGCAGAGACUGGAUGCGGUUCAGUGGCCCCCGCUGGUGCUCUGUCCUGUGCGGAGCCUCCCGACGCCAGGGGGCGCAUUCUUCUCCUCGGCCCUGCCCCAGGAGCCGUUGGAAUUUGAAUCACCGGCGGGCUGAGGCCGGAAGCAUUGACCCCCUAGCCAGGCAUGGAGAGGCCGGGAGCCAGUGCUCGGUGCCCCGUGCAAGAGCAGCGUGCCCGUUGGGAGCGGAAACGCGCCUGCACUGCCCGGGAGCUGCUGGAGACCGAACGGCGCUACCAGGAACAGCUGGGGCUGGUGGCCACGUACUUCGUGGGUAUUCUGAGAGCCAAGGGCACCCUGCGACCAGCGGAGCGCCAGGCCCUGUUUGGGCCCUGGGAGCUCAUUUACGGCGCCAGCCAGAACAACUAAAGAAAAAUAAACGUUUCCGGAGAUUUGUGCGACUUCAGGAAGGCCGCCCUGAGUUUGGAAGCCUGCAUCUUCAGGACCUGCUCCCUCUGCCUCUGCAGAGGCUCCAGCAGUAUGAAAAUCUUGUCAUGGCUUUGGCUGAAAACACAGGUCCCAACAGCCCUGACCACCAACAGCUCACACGGGCUGCCUGGCUGAUCAGUGAGACUGCUCAGAGAGUCCACAGCAUUGGUCAGAGACAGAAGAAUGACCAGCACCUCCGGCGUGUUCAGGCUUUGCUCAGUGGCCGCCAGGCAAAGGGGCUUACCUCAGGUCGCUGGUUCCUACGUCAGGGCUGGCUACUGGUAGUGCCUCCCCGUGGGGAGCCUCGGCCCCGAAUGUUCUUCCUCUUCUCGGAUGUGCUCCUCAUGGCCAAACCUCGACCCCCACUGCAUCUGCUGCAGAGUGGCACCUUUGCCUGCCGUGCCCUCUACCCCAUGGCCCAGUGUCAACUCCACAGGGUCUUUGGCCACUCAGGAGGCCCUUGUGGUGGACUGCUCAGCCUGUCCUUUCCCUGUGAGAAGCUACUGCUUAUGUCCACAGACCAGGAAGAGCUGUUGCGCUGGCACCACAGUCUGACUUUGGCCAUCAGCAGCCAGAAGAGCUAGAGGAAUCUUACAAAUUCCAGAACCCAGGAUACUUGAGGGAUAGAUCAGAGUCAGGACUACAAAGAAAUCUUCAGUACUAACCAAAACACAAAACCCUUCAUGGUUUGAGAAGGGUCAUUUUGUGUUUAUUUGGGACCAACCAGCCUCUAAGAAUAAGGAAACAAAGUCCGACCCAAUUGAACCUCUGCUGAACCACCCCCUCCGAUACAGAUGAGGGGCUUUGGGACUGAUAAGCCCGGUGCUGUGUUUAUAGCUGGUCAUUCAUCAAGACUACAGCUUUGUAAACGUGGAUGUUUUUAUGUUGUAUGCGUUUCUAUAAUUUAUUUUCCCAUUGGAUUUUAGUAAAGUGGUUUGUUUUUGUU